AUGGAUUCGGAUGAGGAAAUACCAGGAUCCUGUAUCAUAGAGGGUGCACUAGACAACACAAUUUCCGUAGGAGAAGCUGUGAAGAUGCCUGAAGAGGAGUUGAACAUGGUGAAAAGUAAUUAUACCAAAGCAGAGGAGGAGGUGAUAAAUGUAAUAAAUCAGCUUCUUGAUCGUGUACAAAUAGAAUCUGCUGCAUUCCAUUCUAUCACUGACGGAAGACAUGUAGAGGAAGGAUUGGAUAGAGAAAUAGAAGCUAAAAUGGAAGUAGAAACAAAUGCGUUCGUGGAAGGAAGACUUUCCACUACCUUAAUCACUUCUGAUGCUUUAUGCAGAAAGGAGACUCCCAUUGAGCAGCCGUCAAGCUCAAGGGGAGACCCCGAAAAGAAAGCCAUAGUGGAGUCCUUUCUGGCUAAGCUUGAGAACGCAGCAGUAAAACUGAACAGACGCGAAUGCCGAGCGCUGCAGAGGGAAAUAGAAGCAGCUCAUGGUCUUGAGAGGACCUUUCCGUCUCCACUCAGCAGUAAACCUCUGUGGAUGCGUGGUCCAUGA